UCCUGUCAGCAGCUGUCCUCACGCUGUCUUCUCUUCAUUUAAAUUUCCUUUUCCCAAGUACUUUUGUGAUCACACAUACAGUAUUUAACAAAAAAUUCUGUUUUUACAGCUCACUUAAUUUUAUAUACAUGUAAUUGUUGGCUUCGAUUCUUGGCAAAUGGCCCAAGUUAGGUUUGGAGUUAGCCCAUUGUUCUCUAAUAGAUUUCGUUUUGCUACUAAUAUACAACUAUACAAUUUUUUUAAAGUUUAUAUUCUGUUAUUUUUAUUCCUCUUUUUUGGGGGGGGCUUAACUUCCGUUUCCUCCUCGUCACGGCCACACAGAAGUGAUUUGGUGUAUACUACGACACAAAACAUGAAUGCACCGACGUUUGGUUCAGCUCCCUCAGCCAGUAUUUUAAUCUGCGUAUUGUGACCCGUUCGACUGGAUUCUCAUCCCCCUUUUAUCCAAAUAUGAGCAGUCUGUGUGUGUUUGCAUUCGGUGCAGUGAACAUACAAAGUGAACAGAGGGUCUUGUCUUAGUAGCUAACGUUUGCUCUGCAAAGCUGCUCCCUGUGGGCCGCUCUGGCUGUUGUUAUUGACGGGAAAGCUGUCGUUCACUUAGCUAAGAUUCAGCACCAUGAAUUUGAUACGUCUAGUGUGCCGCCACAAGACAGCCCUGGUCAUUGGCACUGUUUGCAGCUUUGCUGUAGUUCUUGUCUUCUUGGCAAAAUGUACCUCAGAAACCCUGAAACAAGGCCACCCAGAUCCUCCAGGCCUUGCCCCCCAUGCCAUUGCUUCGCAGCCCCAUCCAGAGCAGCACAAUCCUUCCUCCACAUCCAAAGACUUGUCAGCAUUUCUUGUGGUUCUCAUCACAACUGGACCCAAGUACACUGAGCGGAGGAGCAUCAUCCGCAGCACCUGGCUCGCCAAGCGGGACUCUGAUGUUCUGGCCAUGUUUGUGGUAGGAACUCAGGGGCUUUCCAGCGAGGACCUUCAGAACCUUAACACCGAGCAAGGGCGGCACAAAGACCUGCUCUUGCUGCCCGAUUUGCGAGAUUCUUAUGAAAACUUAACACUGAAGCUUCUGCACAUGUACUCCUGGCUGGACCAGAAUGUGGAGUUCAAGUUUGUCCUUAAAGCAGAUGAUGACACAUUUGCUCGCUUGGACCUCCUUAAAGAGGAGCUGAAGGGGAAAGAGCCCAACCGGGUGUACUGGGGCUUCUUCUCAGGGAGAGGGCGAGUGAAAACAGCCGGCAAGUGGCGAGAAAGUUCUUGGGAGCUCUGUGACUACUACUUGCCCUAUGCACUAGGCGGAGGCUACAUCCUGUCAGCUGACCUGGUACAUUACAUACAUCUGAAUACAGGUUACUUCAAGACAUGGCAGAGUGAGGAUGUGUCACUGGGUGCUUGGCUGGCGCCAGUGGAUGUCAGACGGACGCAUGACCCACGCUUUGACACAGAGUACAAAUCACGUGGUUGCAACAACAAAUAUUUGGUCACACAUAAGCAGAGCUUGGAGGACAUGUUGGAGAAACACCAGACUCUGCAGCGAGACGGCAGACUUUGCAAGGAGGAAGUCAAGCUGCGACUGUCUUAUGUGUAUGACUGGAGUGUGCCACCCUCUCAGUGCUGCCAAAGGAAGGAUGGCAUUCCUUGACUUUUGUCCUCUUGACAUGGCUGAUGGCUGCCGAGUUGUGUUGUCAGAGAAAACUAAAGGAUUAUGUUUUUGGCUGUGAAAUAUUCUUUAACUCCUGAGCCAGCUUCAGCUGUAUGUCCUUUUUGACUCUUAAACUCCUUCAGCCUUGUUGUUUCGACCUUUGAUAAUGUACUGUCCCCACUUCAAGUUUAUCAUGUUGGUGGCCUACUUCUCUCCUCUGUCUGUUGUGCCUUCUGCUGUACAUUUUACUAAAUAUUUUCAAACACUAUGAGAUAUUUUAAGGUUAUUUCGGCAUAUUAGACAGCAUAGGGAAACACAGACAGGGGAUCGUUACCCUGCCAUGAUGUCAACAGUUUUUGUGAAAGCUAUUACUUUUGUAUUUUAUUUAUUGUUAAUUUAUUCUGCUUCAAAUACAACACACUGGCACCAAGUUGGAACAGAAGCACAGUGGAUGUGGUUGCUGCUUUUGGGCAGAAUUUGUAUUUAUAAACAUGCUGCGGUGAAUUGUAUAUAAUUCACCCACUUAAUGGACAAAAAGAAAUGCCCACUUUUAUGUGAUUUAAACAUUUAUGGUUGAUGGUACAGGAGAAUGUGUUCAGAGUUGCACAGAAUGUGUAAAUGGGUGGAUGUGUUUUAUUCGUCAGGCCAUUUUAUUCCUUAUAUCAGAGCAUAUGUGAUGAUCUUUACAUUUCCAAGGCAACGGUUGCACUUUAAAGUUCAAUCAGUAUGUUUACUGUCCAGAGUUAGUUAUUUGUGAAUGUUUUGCAGCAUGACCUUUAUUCAGACUGAGAAACUUGAUUUAGUUUACACCUGCUGACAGAAGUCCAUAAAAUCACUGUCAAACAAUUCCUUUUUUUGCCUGAUGUGAGGCUCGCCAGCCUUAACUUGUGAUAUCAGAAGGUAUUACCUAAAAUAUGUUCAAGGAUUUUAUAUGUGUGAGAUAUGUUCAACAGUUUUGAUCAAAGGGGACGACACAAACAGUUGAGGAGCUACAUCCAAACUUCUUUGAAUGGCUGCUGUUACCUGUGUGAAUUAUAACAUGACUGUUCUUCACUGCUGCCACUAGCAGAUUGAGUCAACACAACUUAAGUUUCAGUGUUUGUUUUUCCGUAAAGCUAAGAUGGAAGCUAGGCUAGCUGUAGAUAUACAUGGCAUUACUGUCAGUCUGUUAGCACAAAAACAGAAAUGUCCUUUUCUAAUUUUAAUCGCUUAGUUACAUUUAGAUAUUCAGUGCACACUUUGCCGUCCCAGGUGUAAAGCUCAUGUCUUCAAACUUCAUAAUGGUGAUAGCAGGAUUUUUCUACAAGACUACUACCAACUAGCAUUGGCUAACACUAACACAUUCCAGGAAGCUGGCUACACUACAAUAAUCUGAUCUCCUCCAAAGCUGAUGGGAGUACACAAAUGUUUAAUUUGAUUUAUUAUAACUUUACUGCACUGAUGUUAAAUAGUAGACUCAGUAUCAGACAUAAAGCAGCACUAGCCUGAACAUAAACAUUUGUCUCAAAUCUGGACAUCAGAUCACCGAUUCAAAUGGAAGAUGUCAUUAGGUGAUGUGUUGUGGACAUGGUUCAAUGGAACAAAACAAAACUUACUCCCUGGGCUUAUAUAUAUAUAUAUAUUUUUGGGGGGGAUACAAUAAAAUGAAGUACCCUUAUCUGUGUAAAAUCACCAUCAGUGUUUGUUAUAGUGUCUUUUAAUAAUGGCUGAGGUUUUCACUAUUUAUAAGUGGCAGUAUUUGCUUCAAUAUUCAAAUGUGUUGAGUAAAUUGUAAGGUAAAAGGUUGUUUACAUGUUUUACAUACAGUUCUGUGAUUCAACGCUAUUUUGACUAGUUGAGACUGAGGCGUUUUACACAGAAAGCAAGCAUGAGGAGACCUGCAGCAGGGGGGAGUAAUUUUGAACAGUCUGUAAAUCUUGCCUUCGUAGAGUAUAAGAUAAGAUGAAGGUUGUCCUUAUAGUAGAAUUGUGGGAAGCAUGUAUAGGCAACUAUAAAAGUAUCAUUUGCCAGUAUGUGCAUCUUUAUUUUGUAAGCUUUUUUUUUUGUGUUUUCAAGGUAGAUUGACUGAGAGGUCAUCUCUUUUCAGUAUUUAAAAUAAAAAAAAUUUGCCAGUCAAGUUGGUAAUUUGGCCCGCUUAUUCCUCCAGACUCCAGAGCGCUUAGUCACCGAAGAUCAGGCUGUACUGCCCAGCCUGUGGAAAACAGCCCACCGGUGCCGGAGUCCACAAGAGGGCCCUGGGGGUUCUGGAUACUGUCUCAUGAUGACAGAGACUUCAGGUGCAAUGCAAUUGGUUACAUUACUAAUUACAUCUUCAGUAGCUGGAUAAUCUUGGACCAGCUGGAUUUGCCUCAGGAUGAAGUUCAGACUGAUCCUCCUGACAGAAGUAUCAUGGGAAGACUUGGCCUGCACCACAAAUGUUUGUCAUUAAAAAACACUGGAAAAUGGCAGUUUAAUA